AUGGGUGCUAAACGUGAGAACACCUUGGUAGUAGAUUUUAGUGUGCUGCCGAAGCGACCAGAUGCAUCUGCCGUACAGAAAUUCAUGUACGGUGAGUUGAAACUGGACACAGCGGACGCCUCAAACAUCCAGUUUCACAAUGUUAAAAACUGUGUCUACGUCGAGAUGGUAGAUGCAGCAACAGCCAAGCGCUACUUUGCAUCACAUCAUCUACAACACACUAGGCAGUGCGAGAAAAAAGCUUACAAAAUUCCCGUGUUCGUGGAAGACGAAGCCGUUAACGUGAGAAUCCAUGAUCUCCCUCCGAAAACACCUAACACGGUGAUGAUAGAAAGUAUGCGACCAUACGGUACACAUCUAAAUCUCAAUUCUAGAUUCGUCCCCCUCGUCUACAAUGGCGUACGUGUAGUACGGAUGAAGCUCAAACAACUCAUCCCUUCCUAUCUGACGAUCGACGGUGAUACAACAUUGAUUACAUAUCGCAAUCAAGCAAAAACAUGGUCCAGUACAAGCAACUGCAACAUUAAGCCACGCUGCGGCAAUUGCGCUCAAAACCACGCCACCUCCGAAUGUGCUGCAGAUGUAGCUGUGGCGUCCAAAUGCGCCAACUGUGGUGGUGCUCACCAAGGAUCCGACAAGCAGUGCUCAAAACGCGAGGAUUUCAAACGCAUCCGAAAACAAACGUCCACCAACAAUCAACCAGGACGAAGGAAGGAUAAGGCCCCGGCUUUCACGGCAGAGGACUUUCCGCCUCUUCAUGGACAAGCGAAUCCAAGGUACGGACGAAUGGUGGACAGCAACAUCGAUGAAAACCCACUGCUAGACACCAUUGAUGACAUCGACCGUGCAUUGAAGGACUCCAACAGGCCAUAUCCGAGGCUGACGAGACAUGCGUUCGACGAGUUCCUGUGA